UGGGAAAUCAAAUUUUCCCGUGCAAAACCCUACGGUGGAUAGUUGUCUCAAACCCCUCGAAACCCCCCCGCCGCUGCAGCAACCUGUUUCUCUGCCGGCGAUCCAAAGUUAGUCAGCAAGUGGCAAAUGGCCGACGCGGAGGCGAAGGAUUUGAUUCCUGAAUCCGUUCUGAAGAAGCGAAAGAGGGAAGAACAGUGGGCUCUUGAGAAAAAAGGAAAGCUCGAAGAGAAGCGGAAGAAGAAUCGCGAGAACCGCAAGCUUAUCUUCAAGAGGGCGGAACAAUAUGCGAAGGAGUACGCGAAUCAGGAAAAGGAGCUAAUUCAGCUAAAGCGCGAGGCAAGGAUGAAAGGAGGGUUCUAUGUGUGUCCCGAGGCCAAGCUUCUUUUCAUCAUCAGAAUCCGCGG